AAAUAUGAGUGAGGGGUGAAAACAGUUUGUGCUUGCUCGAUUUAUAAACAAAUUCUUAAGAAUUAAUCCAAGGAAAACGUAUAUCGUGUACAAAGAUACCAUAUUUCGUAAGAAAAAAUGGGUGUACCUGCAUUCUUUCGGUGGUUGAGUCGGAAGUACCCUUCUGUGAUUGUUGAAUGCAUUGAGCAAAAGCCAAUAACUACAAAUGGUGUACGAGUACCUGUAAAUUCAGCCGAUCCAAAUCCAAAUGGAGUAGAAUUUGAUAACUUAUAUCUUGAUAUGAAUGGUAUUAUACAUCCUUGUACUCAUCCAGAAGAUAAACCAGCGCCAAAAAAUGAAGAUGAAAUGAUGGAAGCUAUUUUUGAGUGCAUUGACCGUUUAUUUCGUAUCGUAAGGCCAAGGAAAUUGCUUUACAUGGCAAUCGAUGGAGUUGCACCUAGAGCAAAAAUGAAUCAACAGAGAUCAAGAAGAUUUAGAGCAUCAAAAGAAACAAAUGAAAAGAUUAAUGAGAUCCAAAGAAUACGUUCCGAAUUAACUCUUAAAGGAGCUUCUUUACCACCAGAAAAACCUAAAGAAGAACAUUUUGAUAGCAACUGCAUUACACCAGGCACACCAUUUAUGGCGAGAUUGUCAAAGUGUUUACAUUACUAUAUACAUGACCGUUUAAAUAAUGACCCAGGCUGGAGGAAUAUAAAAGUAAUCUUAAGCGAUGCAAACGUACCGGGUGAAGGAGAGCAUAAAAUAAUGGACUUUAUACGUAGACAAAGAGCACAACCCGACCACGACCCCAACACGCAACACGUUUUAUGUGGAGCAGAUGCCGAUUUGAUUAUGUUGGGUCUCGCAACGCAUGAACCCAAUUUUACCAUUAUUCGAGAAGAAUUUAAACCAAAUAAACCUAAACCAUGUGAUAUAUGUGGUCAGCUAGGUCACGAAAUGCAAGAGUGUACAGGUUCAGAACCUAAUCAAAAAGAAGAAGACAAUGCUUUUGGAUCUGAAUGCCAAUUCAUAUUUGUUCGAUUAAAUGUACUCAGGGAAUAUUUAGAGAGAGAGUUGCAAAUGCCUAACCUACCAUUUAAGUACGAUUUUGAACGGGUCAUCGACGAUUGGGUAUUCAUGUGUUUCUUCGUAGGAAACGAUUUCCUUCCACAUCUCCCGUCACUAGAGAUUAGAGAAGGAGCAAUUGAUAGACUCGUUAAUCUCUACAAGAAAACAGUAUAUAAAACGGGAGGUUUCUUGACAGAUAGUGGAGAUGUGAAUCUAGAUAGAGUUCAACUUAUAAUGUCUGAACUUGGUGACGUUGAAGAUGAAAUUUUCAAGAAGAGGCAACAGAACGAAUUGGCUUUUAAACAACGCGAAAAAGACAAGAAGCGAAGGUUACUGGGUAUCGGUAAUAAUAAACCAAAAUGGAUUCCUACAGGACAGUUUGCACCUACGGCCUUAGGAGGACAAAUUAAGCCGGUAGAAAAUGCUCGUUACGAAGCUUACCAGAUGCGUGUUCUGGGUAGAAAUUAUCAUUCGUCAACUGAACAAAAAGGGAAUACAAAAGAAAUGUUAGAAAGCAUGAUUCGACCAGAGGAUUCAUCUAAUCAAGGAAAGAAGCGAAAAAUUGACGAAGUUGAAGAUAACUCAGACGACGAUCAAGCACACGAUGAAGUUAGGUUAUGGGAAGCUGGUUUCAAAGACCGUUAUUACGAAUCAAAGUUUGACGUGUCUCCUGAUAAUCUAGCAUUCAGGAAUAACGUAGCACUUCAAUAUGUUCGUGGUUUAUGUUGGGUUUUACGAUAUUACUAUCAAGGUUGCGCGUCAUGGAAAUGGUAUUUUCCAUAUCACUAUGCACCUUUCGCCAGCGAUUUUAUCAAUAUAGGUGGACUUUCUACGGAAUUUGAAAAAGGAACUGUACCGUUCCGUCCAUUAGAACAAUUGAUGGGCGUGUUUCCAGCAGCUAGUAGCAAACACGUACCUGCACCAUGGGCAAAAUUAAUGAGUGAUCCAAGAUCACCGAUUAUUGACUUUUAUCCUGAAGAUUUUAAGAUAGACUUAAAUGGUAAAAAAUUUGCAUGGCAAGGAGUAGCUCUGCUACCUUUUGUGGACGAGAAGAGAUUGUUCAAGGCUUUAGAGCCAUACUAUGACUGCUUGACAGAGGCAGAAAAGAAACGAAAUGUUAGAGGCGACGAUCGUUUAUACGUUGGACUCGGUAGUAGCGGUUAUAAUUUUAUAAAAGGACUGUACACGAAUCAUGUAGGGUACGAUGUAGAAACACCGAUAUGUAUAGAUGGUAUGCGAGGCACGGUAUUGUUGGCAGAAGACUGUGUUGGGGAUGGAGCUACCCUACCAUCGCCUAUUAAUGGACUACCGGUCAGAAAUAAUAAAGUAUAUUGUGUUCGAUUCAGAGAUCCUAAGUACGGCAGUAAUUUCAUAUUCCCCGCGAAAAGGUUGAAGGGUGUAAGGGAACCCCCAAAAAUUUUGAAACCCCAAGACUUCGAUCAAAUGAAUCGCAAUAGUGGAAAUACCUGGAAACCACAAAUUGGUUUCACACCGUCUACACAAUCUGUUUCACUGAGUGAUGCAGGACGAAGAAUACUCGGACAUUACACAAAUCAUAAUAGAGUACCACCACCGUAUGGACUCGUUUCGUUACCGCAGUCUACGUACCAAUCGUACCAAGAUGUUCAGAGUGUCACUGAAUUUGUCCAGGUUAUCAGAGCAGCGAAUAUCAGGGAGGAUACGAGAGUGCCGGUUCCAGUCAAACGGCGCCUGGCCCUUGGGCGAGGGGAUACGGUGUACCUCAUAAUUACCAGCGUUUUCCAGAAUAUCAGCAGAGGAAUAACUACAGUGGUCAACAGUACGGAAGGAACCAGUAUCAGAAUCAACAGUACAGCAGCUAUGGCUCGCAGCAGUACAAUCAACGGAAUUAUUCCUCUAAUUACCAAGGGAACAGCAGUGGAAGCGGCGGGAACAGAGGAGGAUGGCGACGGUAGACUGUAGAUGUUUCUGUGUUCACUUACGUUCGACUAAUGCCAUCACGAGACCUCGAUUAUCGGUCAAAUUUCACUUCGAUCUUUGUUAUCUGCAAUCAAAAAGAGCCAGGAAAUUGUCUGAUUGGGAUCAGAUAUUUUUAUUUUCAUUUACAUCGAUACCUAUUUGGUAUUAGGUAUUGAAUCCUCGACUGAUGUGCUGCUGCAACUUAGGCUUUCUUUCUAUUUAAAGAAAGUGUAGGAAAAAAUUGCAGCAUUUAAAUUAGGUACAUUCAUACAUCUAAAUAUUCUUGGGUUUUGCUUCCAUUUGGGUUCUUCCUACAUUUUCCUCGAAUCCCCCCUAAGUUCCCUCUGAGCUUUUUUAAAUUUCAAGACUUCCACUUUCUCAUUAACGAAGAGAGCCUACGUUGCAUCAACAAAAUUUCAGACUUAUCUUUCGGUAUUACAUGAUACAAGUUCAGGAAAUUUCAAGCAAAGUGCACAGAGUAAGUCAAUAAGAAACCUAAAGUGACGUUACAUAUUGGUUGUAUCAAAAUGCGUUUAAACAGAAGUGUAAAUUUUAGAGAAUUUAUUCGAUCGAUGCAAUUGACUCGCUCUGUACAUUCAAGAAGUUUCCUGAACCCCAGCUCAUCGGUUGAGGAACGAAGCAUACAAUCGUGCAAUAAUAAAUUGAUUUUCCUUUUGUUUUGCCGCGUUAGUGUGUUCUUAAAGCACUACGACAACGUUUGGACAAAGAUUUAUAACGGUGACACGUAACGCGACCAGUGAUGGCAAUUAUUAUCCGCGAGCUAGCGACGUAAGGAUAUAUCAAGUGUAAUUUUAUAUGAAUCGCAUUGUAAAAGAAAAAAAAAGGAUUUGUAUGAUAUUAAACGAUAUCGCGGAAGGUUGUUCCUCGGCUGCGACAGAACACACGCAAGAGAAGCAACGUUCGAGCGAGCACAAUCUGUUAAUGGGAAUUUAAUUGUAUAUUUCACGUGAACAAUCGUAAUCGGAGAGAUCAUGUUAUGCGUGUUAUCAUUAGGAUAAUUUAAGUUUCAGUAGAUUAUCGAGAUAUAACUCGUUCUUUUUCUUACGAAGAUUUAUUCUUCUAUUUUUUUUUUUAAUCGUAUAACUUGAUGAAGCGUAUUUUUCAUUCGGUGUUGGUACAACAAUUGAUCGGUAUUCUGAGUUACAAUGUCGUCGUGGAUGCUAUUCGCCAGUUGUAAUACAGAGUAUUCUUUUAAACAA